UAUAAAACACGCAUGUUAACUAAGUAGAACGCACUUGAUUGAUUCAUGGUUUUGUGGUUUCACCGUCUAUGUUGAUGUCACAGUUUGUUUUCAGAGCUGCACAAUAUCAGGUACUGCCUUGCAUAUGUAUAUAUAUUCUUUAUGUAAUUUUGCAUCUGUUUUCGUUGUAACAGUUGUAUAUAUCAUGUCCGAUAUGUUUUCAUUCUUCAUUUCUUUGCCUGUCAUUGCAAAAUUCUGUCAAAAGCGUCAAGGAAAUAUGAGUAAUUAUCCACGCCCUGUUAGAUAAUUCUUCGUGUUCUUAACCAUCAGGAAAGCCUUUUUUCAGAGCAGCGACGCCCCCAAAUUUUUCUUCCAGCUGGCAAACAUUUGUUACACGAAUAAGAGAGACAUUUACGAUUUUUCUUUCUUUGUAAACGACUAAAUGAUAAUAACGACUCUGUCCUCGAUAGAUCGCCAUACCCCCUUGUUCGUUCGACUUAUGGACAAUAGUGUUUCAACAUCUGUUAGACAUGCAAAUUUUUCGCCCAAGUUUCGUACAAGAAUCGAGGUACGUUAAGGCCGGAGCCUAUCCUCAGUGGUUUGACCCGGGUUAGCAGUUGAUACCUUUAACUUUACAUUAAUAGCACUAAAAUUUAUUUCGAUUUGCAAGAGAAAGUUGCACACUUGAGCUCCUCAUUGCACGGGUCUAAUCACCUCAGACACAAUUAUCGUAUUCAGUUACUCGUGCUUUUGUUUACUCUAUCCCCUACGUCGUGGAUAUUUCCAAGCAUAUUCUACUUCUGAUUUUCUGUCUUGUAAUGGUAUGUUUUUUUACGCCCAAAGGUCCUGUUACAACAGAAUGUUCAUUGCUUUAUUGCAAGUUCUGUGCGUGUGAGACAACAGGCGGCAAACAAAUCUUUUUCCCGCCAUUUCGGGUAGCGUGUCCAGUUUAUGACGCAUUCACGCCCCUCUGUGUCGAUGCUACUUGAAAAGUUAGAGUGCAAAAAAUUGAGGUUCGUCGUUUGCAAUCCGUGCAAAUUUCCUCUAUCUUUUGACAUCUUUAUUUGUUAAUGGUUUUAUAUUUCUUCCGUGGUGUUUUUCUAACUCCCAAACCUUUUUCUCUGAGAUUAUCUCCUUAUUGAAAGCCUAAUUUUUCGCGCUUCGAAAACAACAGCAGCGACAGAAUUGGGAUUUAAUGAAAUGUGAAUUCUCUUUGUUUAAAUUAUGGCGAAUCUGGAAUGAAUAUCAUAUAGCCAAAAGCCAGCUAAUCAGACCACCCAAUCAGCAUGAAAGAAAAUAUCUUAAGAAGACAACUUGCGAGCAAGUGUGCAUGGUCUUAGCGAGGGAAAGCACAAGCGAUCAAAUUAUUUUUACUUCUGUGGUGUUAGUGACAUAUCUGAUUGGCUGAGAGGGUGCUGCGUAAUUUUUGCACCAAUCACAGGGCGAAAUAAAGUAAAACCAACUCGGAUUAUUUUCGACACCAAGGUAACGUGUCGACACUCGAUCAGGAAAAUUUAUGCCCGUUUUUAUGGCUCCCGAGGCCAGGACUGUCCUCGGUAAAAUCAACUUGUGGCCUUUGAACAAUCAAAGGUUUUUGUCGGUGCUUUGAUUCAAUGCAGCUGCCAUUCGAGAUGGCUGUAAAUUUAGUCUUUGGGUGAAGCUACAGGGGGCAAAUUAUAAGGAAAAUCUCCUAGAUGAUUUUCGCGUGGUUCUUGUUGUAAUAUGCAUUUGUAAUAAUGCUUAAUCCAAAAAAGAAAAAAAAAAAAAAAAAAAGACUUUGUAAGCUGAUGGUCAUUCACAGAGGGCCUUUUGUUGGCGUGUUAUCUUUUGAAUGAUAUAUGAUAACUGAAUAUCCUCAAACGUGACCCAUGUUCCCAGAAGAAACUAAACACAUACUGAUCCUGGCAUCCACAGAUUGCAAAAUUUCACGUUUAGCUUGGACUAAACAGCGCAAAGCACUAUAGCGAAAGUUUUGCGGCUUACUGUAAUAACUUUUGUUCCUGCAUAUAUAUAUAUAUAUAUUUAUAGAACUUUAAAUGUCAUUUAUAAAUCAUUAAUGCCACCGUUAAUUGCUAUUUGUGCCUUCCUCGCGUGGUUCCUCUCGCGCGCAGUCUCCACGCUUCGGUUGCUCUCUGGAGUGUCCCUCGUUAGAAAGUAUAUUUGACAACUCUCGGAUUGCAAGGCAAACAAUCUAUCAUCCACCUUUUUUAAUUUUGGCAAUUUUUCCAGUAAGGUUUCAGAUUUGGUUAUCCUCAAAUUAAGACAAUAAGUCGCUCUCCAAAGUUCAGAUUUGCCAGGUCACUCUUGACCCGUGGAUGAAGAUUCGCAUGCACGCUUCUCCUAAAAGGCCUUAUCCCUCUUUGCCACCGGAAGAGAUUUGUUUUUAGAAUAAAGUAGAGAAGGAAUUUUUAUUACUUUGAUCAGCAAACUGAGAUACAAUGCCAUUGCGGUACACAUCUGACUCAGUAGAGGAGGGAGAGUGUAAUCGUGGCGACAGAUUAAACUUUCGUGACCUCAAAGCUGAUAAAAUUCUUUUGUUAGACGCGGAGAAAAAUAACACCAUCAGUAUUAUUUUAUUUGUGGACAAAGCGCAAGUUUAGCUUCUUUAUUCAGGUGAGGGUAAGUUUCUUAAAUUUGGCCACUCGCUUUGGUUACCUUUGGAGGAUAAGCGGUUGUUUCGGGGUUUCCUUGGCGAUCAAUAAAUUUUUGUUAAGUAAUGAUAACAAAAACCUACAAAUGCACAGCCGAUUUAUCAACUUCGACAUGUAACAAAGCUUUAGGUUUGGUAAUGUAACGGACACGUCUCUUGUCUGAUAGCUAGUCUGCACAGGGUGAUCUUAUGUCUUUAAUGGCGAGUUUCAUUUAGCAUCGUAAAUUGGGUCGAGGACGAACGAGACGAUAUUGACAUACGAAGUCCUGACGUUGACUUGAAAUUCGAGUUGAUUGCCGGUAAAAAGGUGAAAACUGCCCACGUUUAUCUCAAACGAAACAACUUAGCGUAUGAAUGUGUGGAAUUUCACCACGUACAAAGUCGAUUAAUUGCAGGCCAUCCUGCUGAUUCCCUGUCAAUAGUAAAUCCUACUAAUUGAUGAUUAAUUGUGACUAUCCCCUCUUUCUUAUCUAGAACAGAUCGCCUCACUAGUUAUCUCAAGGCCUCACGAUGAAGACCACCGAUCGGAUAAACCUCUGUUUGUGCGUGUAAACAUUUUACAACACGAGUGAAUGAAUGAAACUGACCUAAUGAUGGUAGUUAGUUAUUGCGGCGCCAGAGUUGUGGAAUUCUCACAGAUGUAAGUGACACAAAUUUGACUUGAUUUAUUGCUUGCUUCCGUCGCUCGUGAGACGCAGAUUACAUGUGUAUUACUUUUCAUUAAUUGCGGAGUUUAACGGGAUAUUUAGAAAAUGAUGCGCUCUUCUACGCGAUCACCGGUGAUUUUGCUGCUAUUUUUGUUAACGGUACCUAAACUCUCAAAACCCUGUAUUCAACUGCUCGAUGGCUGGAAGCAACUAAGCGCCGGAGAGCGUGCUAAACUUGUCCAAGUGGUGUUCAUUGGGAAAGUGGUGAAUCUCUACUCGUACGAUGCAACAUCAACGCAUGCGGCAGAUUUCGAAGUUUGGAAAAUUCUCAAGGGAAGCAAGUUCGUGGAAGAGGUUUUGGAAAUGCAGUCCUCCCCACUGGUGAUAGUUUAUGGCUUUGGCGAGAAGAUGCAUUGUCUCUCGCCAGUAAAUCCAGGAGAAGUUCAUAUGGUAUUCAUGGUUUACGCAAAUGAAUCUCGUGCGCUUAUAGCCAGAUACGAAGAUGUAUUUGGGGCCACCGCACCGGCUACGGCCAAGAACGAGGAAGAGGUACUGCUGGCCUUAGGUGAGUAGCACUGAAGAUUUUAAAUUGUUCGUUAUCUCGUAACAAUACUCCACGUUUUGUUCAUUUGUUAUUCGAAGGAUUGCUUAUCCAAGCACAUUUCCCUGCUUUAACAUUAGCAAAAAUCACUUCAUCUCUGGAGAUGUAUUCAUAUGGGAGCUUAUCAAGAACAAACAGCUUUUGAUUGGGCUUUUUCUCACGUAUUUCAUAUUACAUCAAGGGAAUGAUAAAAAUAUUUUUAGAACAAUGGAAAAACAAUUUAAUUUAGGGCAUACUUUAAUUAAGCAUUAGCAGGAUAUCUGUUAGUAGUUGUUUUGUAUUGUUUUCGCGCGCCACUAGGCGCGACGUAAAAUCGGAAAGAUUUGCGUCGCUGAGCGAUCGUGAGGGGGAAAUGCGUGGUUUGGAACGUUGUUCCGUUUGAACGACGUUAUAAUCCUUUUCGAGAACGUGACAGUUUAGUGAUGGCUCAUUGACAAAGACAACAACACAAUGCAAACCACGGUUUGCGGUAAAGAUCCAUCGUGUUUUUUAUCAUUUCCUCUUAAGGGGACAAAAAUCUUUGACGCGUCAUAACUAACUAUUUCCAAGCUGUCAAGUAUCGUUCUAGAAAUGAACAAGGUGCGGGUUUCAACAUCUGCUUUUUUGAUUUGUUGCAAGGGAUUCUGCUAUGAUUACUGAGAUUAAAAUAUCAUUUUUGCAAAAGCGCUUGCUUCACUUGCAAAACAAAACUCUCCGUAAAGCAGUGGUUAAAGCUAUCAUAGCAGAUAUCUAAGGCUUAAUUUCACGCCUCUUGUUGUCUUAUGAAGAAUACAUAAAAGCCCUUCCGAGGUACAGAAGAUCUCCUGUGUUUGUGGCAUAUAAUCAGCCUCCCGCGAGUAACUGUCAACAGCGGGCAAUCCACUUUGCCUCAGUGUCGUUCCAAGCUUUAUCUUGCACGCUCUCACUGCUACGGGUGAAAGGCUUUUUAUCAACGAAUGACAGAGCUAUUUCUUUUCAAGAAUUUCCGGAAUGGAUCCCUCCUCGUUGCAGUUUGUUUUUAGGUGGUUUGGUACAGAUAAGGAACACCGACUGUUUUUGAAAACGAUCUGUUUUAACCCCCUUGACAGUGAUUGGCGUGAAGCCCCAUCAUGUUUUUGUAGUGUGAUGACUGUGAUACGGAUCAUUUCCAAAUACAACUGAGGUGUCCAAAUAAUUUAAUUGACGCGCAGAUUUUGCGGUACGUUAUUCAAAACUCCAUACGUUGUCGGAGAAACACUGCGGUAGAUUCUGCUGGGACAAAAACUGCACUGAUACACUGUUCACUCAACUUUCGUUAAAUUUUAAAAGAGAUAAUAUGGGCGCGGCCUUAAAACGAUAUCAUAUUUUUUGUAUUUCGUAUCACAUGAAAACCUCACCAAGAUCUCCAACUUUACUUCCAUCUUCAAACUAACAAGUUUUUCUUAAAAAUCUGGAUCGUUGUUAAAGCUGAAAUUUUUUUCCUCAAGAUUUUCCCUUUCAUUUUCUCAGUGCUAUGAAGGAACUUACUCUCCUUUUAAUUGUGUACUCAUAAAGACAUUGUGGCUUUUCAAGACACUUUCGUGUCCGUUUAAAGGGAGUCGUUGGGCGUAAAUUAAUCUACCUUUAGCACGUGUGGUGCCUCGCAGUCUCUCCUCGUUAACAACAUAGCGGAUUAACUCAAACUUCAUUAGUAUAAUCCUCAGGUGAUGAUCAAAUAUAUGUCUCCAAAACACCUUUGUGGCGACAACCAAAUCCUGCGGAGACCGGCUUCAUUCAAGCUGUGUUUAUAUGACUUUCAGCUUGUAUAAGAACUCUUGAUCCGUUAGCUUUGGUAAGAGAAAAAAAAAUGGGGAAAGUCGCAAGUAAACGAAAGAACUACGCCAUUGAGAAAUUGUUCCUUUGAAAAAGCUUUCCCUACUUGUAAUUUUCUGAUAGGAAUGUACGAAAGUUUAAGAAAUUGAAGAGACGAACAAAAGUUAGCAGUACGCCUUACAAUUAUUUGAAUUCGGCAAUGUUUUCUGUCAUAAAUUUUAUGUGCACAGAUGAAAGUAAAAAAUUUUCAUGUGAAGGGAUAUCACAUGAAACAAUUCAUAAAUCAUUGCAGGUUGAGAUGCUCUGUCGGCAAAGAAUAAUAAUCUUUCUGUAUACCAUGUAGUAAUGACAUUAAACCAUCUCCCAAAUACCACGAAAUGCCGGAAACCCUAUCAUGCUCAUAACUCAAAGCAAACAAGCGAAAAUUGGUCUAAUUCUUUACAAGUACUAAACAAAUACAACAAACUGUUUGGGUUAAUAGAAAUUAGCACGGAGUAGAAGAAUUUUUGAUGAAUUUUUCCAGGGUCUAUUUUCAAACCACUGAGCGAAACAAUUCAGUUGCAAAAUUUGCGUGGUUUUUGACAAAAUUAUGGUCUAAGGAAUCUAAUCAAUCACCCAGCAUUAAAGAGUAAAUUAAUCUAAGCCCUCUUAUCACUGAACCAAUAACCUUGUAGGAAGGUUGGCCUUUACUGUAACUAGACAUCUGUUCUGAGCUCGAAAUUUUGCGUCUGUGCCUAGACGAAAAGAUGAAAACUCACCCAAUAAAUUAUCACUUGAACCAGUUUUCAAACAGGAGGUUCUUUCUGUUGCGGUUGGCUCCCUGUGAGUUGUAGACGAGAAUUACACCUUUGCGGAUGUUUGUUUUGUGAUAACUUAAUAUAAACAGAUUAAAAUAUUUUGUGGUAAUCUGAAUCCAAUAAAAAAAAGAAUGUCAACGACAAGGUUGGUCAAUAGUUCAGUUAAAGCUGGAAUUGUCCAGCUCGUGAUCGAUUCGAUACAUAAGAAAUUUUUGUAUAUUGAAUUAUAGCCAUCGAAUAUUUUUUCUUCAAACAUCCCUUGACAAUCCCUAAACAUUUCUUUAACUUUCCUCAGUUUUUAUUUAACUGGAUACAGCUUAAAUCUCUCUCCACAAAUCGUAAAAAUCCAAUUUCUAUCUGGAGAGGAAUAUCACGGAAUCUUCCUGGAGACACACGCACACAGAAUAUGGUUUUGAACCAACUCAAGAUUUCAAAGAGUUUUCUUUAUUCGUUAUCUUAAACAUUAUUGUUGUUAUCAAUUUUACGGUCAUUCUAGUAAUACAUUAUAUGUAUUGUAUCAAGAACGUUUUCUGUUGUCUGAAACGAAUACGAGAAUAACUCUGUAGUGAUUAAACUUGGUGAGAAAAGAAAAAAUUUUGGCCUCUUUGGAAAAGGUUUGGGUCUUUAAAGGAGCGGCAAAAAGGUGGAUCAUUUCGGUAAGUGCGAUGGAAAUUAUGUAAAAUUUUGCCGAAAAUUCACCCGUUGUUUCAGGACCUUUACCACGUUACGGCUAGGUUUCUUUUCGGUGCUCAUCUCCUCGAUGUUUAUUAUUUUUUUUAAUUAAAACGAACUGAGAGAUCUCAGAUUUAAUGAGUAAGCUGAGAUUUCCUGGGUAGGUUUCAUACCUACGCGUGUCGAGUCCAAAAAGUAUGUUGGAUUGAUCACGAUCUCCUCUUUUUCUCGGGGCACUUGGAGGCUGUCACGUUCUUUAAAGUCAAGAACACAGAUUAAAUCUUAAUCCUAAAAUUGGCUUUCAUCUUUCGAGCAGCUUUCGUUAGUCGCCCUGUUGAGGUGCUUUUAAGCUCUCUUGUGAGUUUCACGUUUGACCAAAGAAAGCAAGAAGAAAAAGAACAAAACUUUUUGCUUAUCAAUAUGAACACACGCGUUUCAUUAGGAGUUUCUUGUUUUUUGUUUUUUUUGGCUGCACAAUCAAAAUGGUAGGACCGUGAUGUAAGCAAAGUAAGACCCUUGUGGACAAGAUAAAAGUGACCCUUUUUUCACAUUUUGCAUUGCCAGAAAACAUCCUGAGCAAAAGAUUUUUAUUAUUUUAGGGAUAAAUUUACGUUGUUUUUACACAAGGUUCUUAAAUCUCAACUGCUGAGCGUUUUGUUUUAGAUUCAAUUCAAUACUUGCAUCCGUGUACUCGUGCACGUCCUUAAUGCAGUCGACUCUCGACCUGUAGACUCCUCGCUGUUACGGCAUCCCGCCAUUGCGGACAACAGCCAGCCCCCGGCGAAACACAAAGAAAUGACUGAAAUGAACUCUCGUUAUGACGGACUCUCCCUAUAACGGAAAUGCGGACACUUUCAUCCCCUCAACCCCGCCAGAGCAAUAUUUCACUUGUUUUAUCUCUCGCUAUGGCAGACACUUACAUACUUCGUCCAAAUCCUGACACGCAUAAUAUAGAGCGACAUUACCAUAGAAGAAAAUAAAGAAACCAUUCUCCAAUUGGGUGCGAACAUGCCAUGGCCGCAGAAUUUCCUUCUUGCGGCCGGAUCUUUUUCUGGUCCGUGAGGCCAAGAUAUAAACUUUAUCAGUUUGCGUAGUUACAUAUUAUUUCAUAUGUUUAGAGACAAAACAAUUUAUUUUUCUCUCGUAACCCACAAUUACGGACUCUCGCUAUUAAGAACACUAAAUGAGUCGAUUGUGAUGAGAUGGUCUGCUGCAAGAGUGGUGUUUUUACAAAUUAAAGAUUAACAAGGGCUUGGUUCGCGAUAAGGGGUAGUUCGUUUCGGUCAGGGGACCUUUAAGAAUUUGUUGGCAAACUCGUUUAGCAUCUUGCUUAUAAAGUCUCGAGCUCAAAAUUUACCGUCUUUCUCUAUGACCAAAUAUAUUUCUUCUGAAGAAGCCCAGACUGCUAUCGUCUUUGCCUUUUUGAAAGGUUUGUAAAUAGCCUCGUAGCCAGGAAAAAUUGCUACUUCAGAUUAACCAUUGUUUAUUAACUCCUAAGUAAACAAGUGUACUAAAAUUCCUCUUUGGUUUGAAAAUUUUUAAUGUCCCGCAUAAAUAAUGUGACUCUUGUUUGCCUGCAACGUUACGAAACGAAUCAUCUGAGAGUUUGUGUUUACAGCUGCGGAGUAAUACGCCGGAGAUCUGCACAACAUCUUCGCUUGGACAAGACAAGUUCGAAGUGUAAUCCGCAAUAUGGCUUUAAAUUAAUCGCUCUCUUGUUAAAAGGCACUGAGUCGGUCGCCUAAUGGAGACUCUUUUACAGCGAUAGUAACUUUGUAAAGAUCUCUGAAAAUUGCUCCGCAGGUCACUUGGUAACUUGGAUGGUGUUAUACACAAAGUCACAUCACAAAGCCUUUCUUACCGCAGUAGAGUUGGAUAUGAGAGUCCGUAGUCAUUUUCUCAUGUUUUUGCUCCGAAGCACUUGAAGAAUGUCUUUAUCUCUUAAAGUCUUGUCUUUAACUCUCAGAAUAUGAUAUGGGGUUUUACUGCGACCCAUUCUGUCUGGUAUCCUAAUGAUUAUACCGACAUGGUGGUAUUUUAAGCUUGUUACAUUUCUGUUUUCAUAUGCUUGUCAUAUCCUUUACCUGAGAAGAUUAGAAGCCGGUGCACUUAGCCUUAAAAAACACCUUGCGCACGUGUGUAUGAUCAGUGAAUCGAGGCUGAUUUGACAUUUGUUAAAUAGUUUUGGGUUUCAAUAGUUUUCGAUGUGGUAUACGGUAGAAACUGAGUUGAAUUAGCUAAUUGAAAUUGAAAGUCUUAGAGGUUAUAAAACUGUCCACUUAAGUGUAGGAAGAGUGUGGUAUUGGAGCUCCAUUAACGCCUUUGCUUUAGAAUAAGAUUUGAAGAUUUGCCAAGACGAUUGACCGUAUUUUAGUGCAUGAAAAAAAAAAAACCUUGAACUUCUAAAUUAGCAAGAAAUGCCUGAGCCUAAAUAAUUUGGUUUUUUUUCCAGAACUUUCAGCUCUUACGGUUUUACUUUAUUUGAAGCCAAGAUGACAUGACGUCUUAUUCAACUCGGUCACACUCUUUCAUGUUCUCAAAAAUAGGCUCCGAUAAACUAUGCUCGAAAAUUGGAGCAUUAUGCUUUUGAGCGUCACCCCUGAAAACAUGGCAUUUUGCCAAAAAUUGUGCUCAAAAGUUUUAACUGUGCUAAGUCGAAUCAUUUUGAUAGCACCUCAAUCUCCCCCGUUCCCACCACCAGCAGCUGAAAAGAAUGUGCCCGAUCAAAUUCCUUGAGCAUUAUGCUUGAGAUAAAAGAGCAAGUUUGAGAAGACAGUACUCAAGCAACAGAAUUUCUCUCUUGUUCAACCGCAACAUCAAGGAAAUUUACAAGAAGUUUAAUCUUGCCAGGAUUAUUCUCAAUGAUCUGGCUAUAGCAAUAUGCCCAAAAUUAUACUGGUAUAAUUUUCCUGUUCUUACUCAAAAAUCUCCUCUUCAGUGGCUCUUCUUUUAUCAGAAUUAAGUGUUUCUCUUUAUCACUAAGAGGAAUUCGAUCUGUCUGAUUGCAUUUCAGUGAUUUCCGAGUGGGUCAGGAACACAAGGUAAAAUUAAUGUUUGUUAGUAUAGAUACCCUUCUCUGUUUUUCAAGAAGCAGCUUUACGCCAUUAGUUGCUCGAUCUCCUCGAAUCCGUGCGAAAUGUAUCGUUUAUCUUUUUAUUGAGGUAUCAUUUCUGAUACCCAGCUUAAUCGAAUUUGUUUGCAUUGGAUACAGUUUUAAAUCUGGAUAACGGAAAUUCAAUUUUUUAUAGUCGUAAUCGUGUAUGUGUGUUCCCACAGCGGUCACGCAACUUUGCAAGACGUGCUAUUUUUCAGGCGAAUGGCAUUUCUGCAGCUCGCGAUUUCCUCAGAUCAUGGGCGCUUGAGGCUAACAAUUAUUGUGCUUCAAAAGAGUCCAGGGAAGGAGAAAUGAUUAAAACGAAACGUUAUAGCCAUUGAAAUUCACAGUCAUUAAGAAAGGUCAGAUUUUGCCACCAGGACACACAAUCUCUUAAAUUGACCCUUUCAAAGUCUUUGACAAACAAACUCUUAACCUUCGUAAAACUGAUGAAAUGAGAAAUAUGAGCGGUCAGGAACCGGCUUUUUAUAAGUUGUUCACCGAGGUUCUUUUGCUUAGUCUUUGACCCUGCUUGCAAUCACGUUUCAAGAUUGCUGUUUGUAUUCAGAGGAGAACAGUUUUACAGAAAACAAAACAGGAAUUUUUAAACGAAUUCAUGUUAUUGUACGAUUAAACAAGUCAAGUGCGCAACAAAAAUAAUUUCAUUAACAUAUUUACCUUAAACAGUUUUGUCGCGUGCACACAUGUUGUAAGCCACAGCUUAAUUAGUCAGCGGGCGUAUUUACAGAGCGCCAAGCUUGAUUGAUUGGGUGUUGUGCUUAACUGUGACGGAAUGUCUCACUAUCUGCUGUGAAGACCAGUGAGAAAUGAUCCAGUUAACAAUAACACGAGCAUAGGAGUUCUGAGGCUUCAAAAUGCCCCGCUAUCUUGGUGACUUUCUGUUAAACUAUCCAGUUCAUGACUGCUCCUUCUCGCCAGACAGCCGAACCUCUUACACUCAAACUUCUAUUUCGAAAUGUCUUUUAUGAAAUAACCAUUUGCUUCAACUUUGAGAUCACCGAAAUAUAUACGUGGUUAUUUCCCUUCUCGUCGGUAAAUAAUUGUUAGUAAUUCCUUACGAUAGCAUCUGAGAGAAAUAUUUGCGGAGUGUGUAUUGGGUCUGUAGUCGGCCAGGCUGAGGAGGCGUUCACAGGUCACCGAAGUUAAUUGGAAACUCAUGAGUCCUCCAAUCUGUUUUGAGGUGUAAUCGGAAAUAUGAGAAUUCUGAGAUACUCUUGUAGUUGGGGUGGUAAUUCAGGACUGAUAAUCUAAUUUGCCUUCGCGCCAGAAAACCAAAAAAAAAGGAAAAAACUGAAGCGUAUCUUCCUUUUUCACCCACUCUCGUAUAACUGUGCUUAUAUUUCUUCUGGUUUUUCGCGUUUUUGUUAACGACUUCCCCAGAUGAAACAUUACCACAGAAUUGCUAAGUUUUGCACGAAUUAAAUUCGUGGAAUUCCUGUUGGAAUAUUGAAAUAUGUUACCAAAUUAAAAGGGUAAAAUUAGUAAAAGUAGCUCAAAAUUGUAGUAUAGAUUACUGAUGGCUUUAGAAUCAUUUAAUCUUUAUGCGGAGGUUCUGUAAACAUUUCAUUCCAUAGAUUAAGGCUUUUCAUUCACAUAACAAAACCGCGUCAACAGAUCAAAAUUUGAACAAAGCAUUAAGGAAAUGUUUUGUUUUAUCUCAAGCAUAAAGCUAAACUCAUAAGUCAAGAGAAAAAAAGUCCCAUCCUUAAAAUCUUUAAUUUUUUUGGCACUGAGUUCCUCUUUUUCUGUAAACAACGCCUGUCCUUUGACCUCAAAUCAUUCCUAGUGAUUACGAAAUGUCCAAGGUAGGUUACGUAAUUUGCUUUGAAAGGACGGGCACAGGAGCUUUCGUGGGUGUGCGAGGGAGGAUUCGCGCUACUGAAUGAAGCACGAGGCAAACUUCUUUAUCAACAGUAUCAUUUGAUGCAUUAGCCUGGUGUGGCAAAAAGAGCGAUUCUACCGAAGUAUUCAGCUUUAUUUCCCCAUCUAAUUUUUCUUUACUGUUCGUCUAUACACGUUUCACUUGGGAGCCUUAGUCACUGCGGCCUGAGUAGAGGCAGCAACACUUCACCAUGAAUUUGAAACAAAAAACUUUGAACAGCAAGCAAAAUGCAUUCAGACGCUUGGGGACGGGUAUUUCAACAGAGUUUAACCGUUGUUGAACAAAGCGUGUCCUAAACUAUCCUCAGUUUAGCUGAACCUUUUAUCUGAAUAUUUAUUAUUGUAAUCAGUGUCAAGAGGGCCGAAAGCUUACAGUGUAACAGUACAGUGCUUUACAUUUGCUUAAUUAAAUCGACCCUCUUAUGGAGAAAACCUGAUAUCUGAGCCCCACUGAAUGCGAAAAACCGUGAUUUGGGUCAGACCUCAUGUUAAAAACCAACACUUCGAGUUUUGUUUCAACCUAGCCUGUUCAAAACUGACAAAUCAGUGUGAUAUUUACAGAGGCGGAUCCAGACCUUGAGCUAAGGGGGGCCCAGUUAAUACUUUCUUAACACUUGCUCUCUCUCACCACUUCGUUUCAGGUUGGAAACCUUGGUCGAGCUGGAGUCGCUGCAAUAAAAACUGUGAUGUGGGUGAACAGUUUCGCACAAGAGAAUGUGUGAAUAAAGAAUGCGAUGGCAGCUCUCGAGAAUCAAGGAAGUGUAACGAGUUUGAGUGUUAUGGUGAGGUUUCUUUCGUUUUACGGAGCGGUUUGCAAAUUAGCACCUCAGGAAAUGUAUGAAGAACAGUAUAGAGAAUAUGCUAUCUGAUUGUUAGGGCAGCUAACUGAAAUAAGCAAAAGCAAAGUAAUCCUGUAUUACCUGCGCUAGUGAAUUGAAAAUUGCUUAUAAAAGAUCAAACCUAAUUUAUUUAGUGUUGGGGAGGGGGGGGAAAGAGAGAGAGAGAGAGCAACAUUUUGUCACGUUUUUGGUCUUAAAAGACAGUCUGUUCCGGCUUUGUAGUCGUGUGAGUCACAAUGAAAUUUUGCCAACUUUGUGAUCAUGCUACAAUGAGAGGAAAAACGUCUUGGCACGCCUUGCUACUUGAUAGCGUUUUCCUUUAACCCUUUAACUCCCAUGAGUGACCAAGACAGAAUUUCUCCUUACAAUAUCAAUACAAUAUUAACCAGACAAGUGAUGAGAAUAAAGAAAAAUAUCAAUUUGGGGAUAAUUAGUUGAUCCAAUACUAAAUUCUCUGACCUAACAUUAUAAGAAUUGUAUGGUUGACAAUAAGGAGAAAGACAAAUUCGAUCUGGGAAUUAAAGGGACAACUUUCACGCGCCAACUACUCUAAGCUACACUGGAAUCGUGCCACCUUUGACUGAAUGUUACUGAAUGUGUUAUCACGUGAGUUAAUUUUAUCUUAAGAGACUGAAAACUGCGUGUAAUUUUCACCGUUUGCCAUCGUUCCAUUGUCAUACCAACAAUUACUUUUGAUCAAUGCUUUUGAAAUUAUUCUGAUUAUUAAUUUCAAUAAUAUCAAUUAUUUAUCUUCAGGUUUAAAGGACAUAGCUCGACAUAUCCGAGAGGAUCAGAUUCCACCCCUUUCAAAACACGACAACAUAAAAGUAGAAAACGGAGUCGUCAAGUCCAUACCAGUUUCAAAAGUGUUUCGAUAUUACAAUUACUUCCCGGACGACUUUUCUAUUUUAUUUUCAUUUCGUGUCAUAGCUCUUACAAACAUUUACCUAGUGGCUAUGCACGAUCACCGCAAAUCUAUGAGGUUAGGAGUAAGAAUCACACCAGAUCUGGUGAUUUUUGAAUUCGAGAAAAGCUCUGCCAUUCAAUUUCGCGGAGGGUCGCUGGACUUUCCUGUGAGAGUAAAAAAAGACCAAUGGCACACCCUGGGUAUAAGUAUCCACGAACGAAACGUCACAGCCUAUUGGGACUGCGCGAGGAUUGGGUCCAAGAACUUACAGGAAAAGUUUUCAUUCGUUACGGAUGCUAUGGGUAAAAUCAGCGUCGGGGAACCACUGCUUGUAUCGUCCAUAGAGAGAUACGAGGUGAGUUGGUGGAUACCGGAUGAGAUGCUAUUUAACUACCACAGUCAAUGGUUAGAUGAAUUCUUAAUUUCAUUUCAUUGAAUUAUCUAACGAACAAAUGGAGAGAGCAUAAGUUAACAAAACUCAAAAGAGGAAAAAGACAAUUAACCAUUACUAACAAUAACUAACCCUGUUGUCGUAACACAACAGCAAAUUGUCUGAAGGGAUGAAAAGACAUUCUGGAUCUAUGUUUUGUUAACCGUAUUUAAUCAAUUAAACGCCGCCUUCGUAACAAAAUUAUUACUUAAUUUCAUCCUUAAGUAAACGCCUCCACCGCCCUCGAGUAAACGCACCCAAGUAGGAGGAGGCGGCGUUUUUUUCGAGGAAUAUAUUGAACCUGCUAAAAAGUUGAACAAAUGCUCACUAGAAUAAAUACAGAGAGGUCUUGUGGAGGACAACUUAGGGACAAUAUCGAGAUACCUCUGAGGUAGGGCGUGAAACCUCGUAGGCUGCGUCAUGUGUGGGGGGAGCAAGGAAAACAUCAAGCUGGUACUAGAAAAGGCAGGGAAACACCUCGACGCCUUUUUUUUCUUUUUUUUCUGGCGCAGUCAGAAUGUAUGCAUGAACAAUCAUUGAAUUAACUUUGAUAACAGAGCAAAGCUGUUCCAUACACCGAAUUGCUUUGACCUUUGAGUGAUAACUAACCUUUAUUUGGUGUAAUUUCACGAAAUGGCUGCUAUAUUUUUUAAGGUUGAGGUCAGCGAGUUGUACUUCGUACCAGAUCCCGGCGCAUCAAGACAACAGUGCGACCCUCCAAUAUUCAAACCAGUGAGUGGGUUAGAGAUAAACAUAAAGGAUUUAGUGAGUUUUAUCAGGGAAUAAGAAAUGUUAGCAAGCAAGAUGAAAAUCGAACUUUGGAAACAACAACUCUAACUCAUACAGUUGAUCAUUGCAAGUAAUUCGAUAAAGUUUAUUAACUAGAUAUGUUUCUGUAAACAGGACAGAAUACCGAUCUUUGACGACAUUGCUUCAAUUCGGUACUACUACCAAUAAACGGUAUUGUGAUACCACGGACGGGACUUAAUGACAGUACGAAGAACAUCGACCUAGCCACAUUACAUAACAAGUAAAACAGAGCGGUCAAACACUGCGACUUGCUCACUUGUGUGAUUGUUUAUUCUUGAAAGACAACUUGGCUCUAAAAGCCUGAGAGCACGCCGCCUUGUCGUUUCACGCACAUGCGCAGGCGUUUGACCGCUGUGUUGACGAGCGAGGGUGCGAAUAUGACUCGAAGUCUUCCUUUUUCCCUAAUUUCAUACGAACCUAAAUGUUUGGUUUGUUGUGCAGGUCUUUCACGCUCACGAAAUAGAAGGUAGUGGUGGAGUUAGUGCUUCGGAAAUCUACGGGAAAGAAGGCUCCGGUACGCCAAAUUAUGUUGAAGAUUCUGAAAAUGAAGGUUUGUUCAGGAAAGUCGUAAUUUCAGUGCUGAUGCCAAUAGUGUGUAUUUCUCUGAGGAGUGUUUGGGGAGGGACUGGGAAAAGGGGGUGGCUAAGGAUGGACUUUGAUCUCCCUCAGAGGAUUUUUGAGAUAUUCGAUAUAAAGAAAUAAUCAAUUGAUAAUGAAACGCAAUCCUGGAUUGCAUUUAUUUGCUUUAUUUUGGCACGCAAUCGGUCUUGAAAUUCUCCCUCAAUCAAAUGAAUGGAAAAGUACUUAGACCUAAUCCCUACUGGCCUCUUUGCAGUGCUCUACCAACUGAGCUGACAGGCCAACUGGGAGCUGGUAUCGCACCGGUAUCGCAAAGGUCAUGGGUUAUAUCCCGUACAGGCCUGAAUCUUUUCAAGCCUUAUUUUCAGUACUGCUCAAGAAGUGUUCAUUACUGCGAAGAUCGCUUUCAUAUUCACGUCUUUAUCCACAGUUCCCAUAUAUGACUUUCAUAUAUUCACAGUCAUUUACUCAUCGCUUCACGGGUUUAUGUGGAACUAACACAUUGACCAGCUCGCAGUUGGCUUAUUAGCUGAGUUGGUAGAGCGCUGCACCGGUAUCGCAGAGGUCAUGAGUUCAAAUCCCGUACAGGCCUAUACGGGAUUACUUUGAAUUCUUAUUGGCUCCUUGUGUUAUUUCCAAUUUUUCCGACGGCCAGUUUUGAUAACUUUGAAUGAAGGGGUAAGUUUCUAAAGAAACUGUGGUGCUCGUCGGUGGAAGAGUAUGGCAGGGCAGUGAAGUGUUAUCAACUGAAUUGAUAACGUAUGGUUUUAUGGUUUUAAACUCUAUAUGGUGGUCGAUUUACGUGAUCAACUCAGUUGAUAAUACUUAAUUACACCGUAAUAACUUUGGUUGGUUUCACGAAACUGAAUCGCGAGCAACUCAAGGGGAUCUAGGGCAAACUAUGACGAUAGUUUGCUCUGUUUUUUUAAAUGUUUUAACAACGUUUUUUCCCCCAGUCGAGAUCUCUUGGUCGGAAUGGUCACAAUGCUCUAAGACUUGCGGUAAAGGCCGAAGGCAACGCUUAAUGACGUGUAAUUUCGAAAACGGUCGGCCAACAGAAGAGUGCCUUCAAGCCCUCCAAACGUUUGAGGUCAAAGAUUGUUACUUACAAGACUGCCCAGGUACUAAACGACCGCCCACUUUUAAUAAAAGUAAUAGUUCUUUUGCAGACCCGAAAAACGAGCCACAGAGAUGUAACUUCUUCUGGGUCUCUUCGUAUCGGAUCGUUUCUUAGAUCUCACUUUGCCGUUACUCUGGUAAAACUUGCAACGCCAUAUGAGAAGACGAGCCAGUGCAAUAACCCAGAUCUUGGUUUUCGCCGCCUGAGGUCUCGGUUACCGGUCUUGAAAUUUUACCAAAUUUAACUCCCCUGCUGAUAACUCGGUUGAACACCUUAUUAGGAAUAGUAAUGAGCCCUAAGUCUCAGCCGUUAACUGGGCUGAAAUUUCUUAUCUGAAAAGGAGACCAAAUUUGUCCCGUCAAGCGAGCUGGCUUGGUUCCGGGAUGUUUUGACUGAGAUCUUUCUAAGCAAGCACACAUAACCUAUUCCUUAACGGGUAAGCUAGUUGUCAUGGCAACCCUGGCAAACUGUCCUGCGCGGGAUAAGCUAGCUUUUCACAAAAGAAGAUUGGCUUUAUGUAGUACUUUUCCAUAAGGUCUUGAUAAAUAACAAACCAGAGAAAUCAACAGUCAGAGUAAAGCUUGAUCUCCAAGGUCAUUUGCCCGUCUCAAGCGCGGGAAAAUGUGUGUCACCCAGUCGUAACCAGCUUUCGUCUUGCUUCUGAUUGGUCCAAAGUAUGGCACGAGUCUUCUUGACCCAAUCACGAAGCCUCGUUGACUUAUAACAAGGGCCAAUCAAUAGAAAGGUUCACAAUUGAGGGAGCCAAUUAGGUACAAGUGUGCAAGUAAACAAGCUUUAUUUUCUUUCUUUGAUUUUCAGCCAAGUGUGAUCUUCCGUGUUUAAACGGCGGAUUCUGUAUCAGUCGUAAUAAAUGUCGCUGUCAGCCUGGUUACCAUGGUGACGUCUGCGAAAAAGGUUUGUUAAGAGUUCAGUUCUUGAAUAAAAUUACAAUAGCCUUUAAUUCGUGUCGUUUACCUUUUCAAAUUGCGUGAAAAUUUGAGGAGAUUUAUGGAAUUCAAGUUAACCUUUGCCAGUGGGAGUCGCGGUCGCCUUGUGGGUAGUGCACUAAAAUCAAAAGGUCUGCUGAUUACUGUGUUGUUUCUUUUUGCUUUCGCGGUGCUUCCCUCCAAUCAGGAGUAUAGAUGGGUAAUGGCAGACUAUCAGGGAAACCAGUCGAAAUUUUAGGGGAGUAACAACACUCCAAGUUGCUACAUGCCACUGGAGUCGGAAAACUAUCCGACGGGAAGAACCUCUUAGCUCACAUGCUGAAUUAACCUUUGUUUAUCGGUUACAGUGGAGUGCAAGAUUCAUUGUCGUAAUGGCGGCACUUGCGUGGGACCCUACAAGUGUAAUUGCCCGUCAGGAUAUGGGGGAACACAGUGCGAGAAAGGUGAUCAUUUAACAAUUUAGAAAUACAUAUUUAAGUCUCGCUGAGUUUAAAACUAGUAGGAACAAACUCCUGAACUUCAACCACCGGUCAGCUUUCCAGUGGCAGUUUUUAAAAAUGAGCCACUGGCGAAAUACAACUUCGAUUUUCUAAUUGACGUUCUCCUUGGCGUUGCUUUUCCUUAUAUUAUCAGAUUUUAGGUUUUAUAAAUCAAUAAAUUCAUGUGUUGUACACUAAUCAUACUUUAUCGUUCACUUUAAUUCAGUGUUUUUACUUUCCUUUUUUUUUCCUCCGCAGUACUGUGCACUCCACCAUGUCAGUAUGGCGGCAGGUGUAUCAAGCCCAAUGUGUGUCAAUGUUUUCAUGGUUUUACGGGGCCGUAUUGCAGACGUGAGUAUCGGAUCCACUCAUAGGAAUCUUAUAAUCGAAGAGAGAUUUUAAACAAUUUAGUGACAAUACUAAGUACAUCGAAAGCGCACAAAUCUCAGUUAUCUCCGAUUUAGCUGUCAGAUGCCUUAUCAAAUGAGGUACGGAGAUCUUCGCGAGCUUUGCCAUAGACUUGGUUCAGGAUCGAGUUGUGACUUCCGCUCGGGUUUCCACAACCUAAGCAGAAGUCAUUACCAGAGUAGUUAAGUGAGGAGUUGUUAGUCAAAUAUCAUAGCAUAAGUCUGGUUCGUUGAAAUUGGUUGGUUUAGUGUUGUCGGGAUCAGGUAGCAUAAAUCGAACGUUUAUUACACCUUUGAAAUCGCCCGGUAUGAAGAUAAAGUACGAAUGAAUAAUCUUGAGAAUUUUGUAUCGAUAAUACCUUUGAGUAACUUACAUGACGCUUUCGUUUCCUUCUCUCCUCAGCCUCCUGCAGCCCGCCUUGCCUCAAUGGCGGCGUAUGCGUGGGUCCAAACGAAUGUCGCUGUGCCAAAGGUUUCACUGGAGAAUCUUGCCUUCAAGGUAUUUGGGUUGAUGCAUUGUUUAUUGAUUGAGACUCUUCAUAUUUAAGAAGCUCUUGAGUGUUCGAAAAAUUCGCCUUGUUAACACCUCAGGAAAUGUUUAAAGAACAGUAUGGAGAAUAUGCAAACUGAUGUUAGGAAGUAAAAGGUUCGGUCAUUUUGCCACCAGUUUAUAUCAAUGUUUCCUCUCUCAUUUUAGCAUUAUGCAACCCGCCCUGCAUGCAUGGCGGUGUAUGCUAUCAGCCAAACAAAUGCUCCUGUCCAUUCGGCUGGCACGGAAAGAGCUGCGAAAAAGGUACGUUCCCUUGGGUGAAAUUUUUUUUUUGAAAUGUAGAUAGACUGGUAUAGCCAUUUAAAUCCUCAAGGAGUAUCGACCUCUUCACGAACUAUCCCCUUUUCUGGUGUAAUUCGUGUCAAAAUUAAAUGCUAAGGGAUACGUCGAUUGAGCCACACAAUAUUUUGCGGCCUUGAAAACAAGGCCGGAUCAACUGUUAUUGGCCGUCAGACUUAGUCUUUCAGACCCCGUGGCUCAUCAAUGAAGGCGCUUAUCCCGAAGUUACCAGGAGUCUUGCACCUCCUCCUUUAUGCGCCUGAUUGGAGAUGUCCUGCCCAAGGGCGGCCUAGUUUAGCCAGGGCUCGAUCCAAGCCAGCCCUUUCGCUAACCAAAAGGUGAUCACUUCUUUUACUAAAUAGGUUUCAACUCUAUAUUUUCAGCGCGUUGUUAUCCGCAUUGUCGAAAUGGUGGGACCUGUUGGAGAGGAAAAUUCUGCCUUUGUUCCAAGGGAUAUUAUGGUUAUUACUGCCAAAACGUUCUCAGUGAGUAA